AUGGAGUCUCUGCUUCAGCAGUCCCGCGCCCUCUGCCCGUUCCUAAAGAAGACCGCCCCGGCUACGCUGCGAGCGCUCUCCACCACCACCAGGCCGAGUUCGAGCGUUGUUGGAGGCACCAUCACCAACCUUCAGGUGGUUGCCAGGCGCUGCCCUGUCAUGGGCAAGGCUCUCGCCGUCCAGAGCGCCCGCAUUGCCCUGAGAAGUGGCGAGGCGAGGGCGUUUGGUACCUGUCCUCGCUCGGCUGGCGCUGCUGGCCUCGUCAGGGAGAACCUGCACCGGGCCCAUGGCAAAGCCCUCUGCCCGGUGUCAAAGAAGGGAUUGCAUACUACUGCUGCCCAGGCGGCCGUUGUUGACCAACAGGCCCGUGGAAAGGGUAGAGCAGUCCCGGUCCCUCCGCGAGCCACCGUCGAGCAGCUGAACUGUGCGAGAGAGACGUUUGCUGGUCCCAAGCCAGCUAUCCCAUCGCCUACUGCGAAAUUCGACUAUGAGGGCUUCUACCGAGGCGAGCUGGACAAGAAGCUCAAGGACAAGUCCUACCGCUACUUCAACAAUAUCAACCGUCUGGCCAAGGAGUUUCCUCGGGCACAUAUGGCUCCCCGGAGGACAGAGUAA